GUGGAAACAUGUGCAAGCUUAACUUUAUAUUCAAAAGAGGAAACAAUUUGCAAGCCAGCUUAGAGGCUGCAUCCAUUGACAUGCAAAUAGUGGACAAAAGCAACAAGCAGCCUUGCCAUUCCUCAGUCCAAUCGCCUACAAUGUGGAUCCCUGCCAGGACAUCAAUUGUCUCCCUCAAAUGAGUGAAUGACGAUGUUCUUUGUCUCUCUCAGACCAAGAAAAACCUGGAUUUCUGGCUCUAUCUAUUCCAAACAACAAGACUGCAUCAGGUUUCUCGCCACAUUAGCUCAGGCUCAAAUUAAAACAUUGUUGCCUCCACAGUACCAGUAGCCUUGGAGCUAAGACUCUAGGAGGGUCAUAAAUUCGGCCCGGACUUUCUUCCUGCAGUGGGAUAUUAACCGUGAGUGGAGGAGGCCGUUUGUUUGUAAUUCAACUUCCAGUCACAGUCUCUUCAUGCUCCGGUCAUCAUGGCUCAUUGUGCAGCUCAUCCUGCCGUCCUCUUCGCGCUGCUGCUGAUCGGCACGGCCGCAGUCGUGCUCCUCACUUUCCCAAGCAAAGACAUCCCCGAGGCGCCCGGGUUCAUGUACGGAAUUGUUCUGGAUGCCGGAUCCUCACACACAUCUUUGUACGUGUACAAGUGGCCUGCAGACAAGCAAAAUGGCACCGGCGUAGUCACCCAGCACAGUGAAUGCCAUGCGGAGGGAGGUGGGAUCUCCAGCUAUGCAGGCCAGCAGGGAGCAGUGGGAUGGAGCCUGGAGGCGUGCUUGGACCAGGCAGUCCAGGACGUGCCUGCGCAUCGACACACGGUCACACCUGUGUACCUGGGGGCCACAGCUGGCAUGAGGCUCCUGCAUAUCUCAAAUCCGGAGCAGUCGGACGAAAUCCUGCUGGAAGUAGGCAAGAAAAUCCAGUCCUACCCGUUCAGUUUCCGGGGGGCUGCCAUCCUGUCCGGUCAAGAGGAAGGCGCAUUCGGCUGGGUCACCGUCAAUUACCUCUUGGAGAACUUCAUCAAGUAUGGCUUCGUGGGACGAUGGCUCAGCUCAGGAAGGCCCACAGUUGGGGCUCUGGAUUUCGGCGGCGCGUCCACACAGAUCACAUUUGUGACUAAAGACAGGGUGGAGCAGCAGAAGGACAUGAUGAAGCUGCGUCUGUACGGCCAGGAGUACUCUCUGUACACGCACAGCUUCCUCUGCUACGGGCAGGACCAGGUCCUCAAGAGGCUCCUCGCCCACAUUUUCAAGUCGCAGGGGUAUGCAGAGUCCGUCACACAUCCGUGCUAUCCUGCAGACUCCUCUGUAAGCGUAGAGCUGGACGGUGUAUUCAACUCUCCGUGCACAGCCAAGUACAAACCCAGCUCCUACAAGACCCAGGGCUCUUUGACAGUACGUGGCAGCGGGCAUUAUGAGCAAUGCCAAGGCAACGUGUCCGGGAUCUUCUCCUUCGACGGAUGCCCUUUCUCUCAAUGCUCCUUUGACAAGGUCUUCCAGCCCAAUGUGACUGGCAGUUAUAUGGCAUUUUCAGCCUUCUUCUACAUUCACUCCUUCCUGCAGCGCGUCACGGGCAUUCCGGUCAGCACGGCUGCACAAAUGGAGGAGGCAACUCAAACAAUAUGCAACAUGAGUUUUGCUCAGAUGCUAGAUCUUGCUCCGGAUCAAGCGCCUCGCCUGAGGGACUACUGCGCUUCCUCGGUCUACGUCAAGAUUCUUCUGCUCAGAGGAUACGGCUUUGACGACACAUCCUUCCCACGCAUUUCUUUCAAGAAGAAGGCGGGCAACACUUCUGUUGGAUGGGCUCUGGGUUACAUGUUGAGUUUGAGCAAUUUGCUGCCGUCAGAAAAAAUUGGAACUUGGAGGGCAUUGCCGCCGGGAGUUUGGCAGACCCUGAUUGUAUUUUCUGUAUUGCCCUUCGGCGCCAUCGUGGCCUUCGUCGGACUUGAGUGGAAGAGGAGAGGACGCCAGGACGCCGCCAUUUAGUCCUGCUGUCGCACACAAUUACUCCGUGAUGGCGUCUAAUCUGGAUUUAAAUGUGAAUGUGAGGUUUGCGCCUCAUGUGCGGUAGUUUUGCCCAUUCCUUAUACACAAAGUCCCUGGUGGACUCCACUUAAAAUUGAAUGUGUUUUGAGAACAUGAAUGGAAGACUACUCAGGUUUAAUAACAUUACCCGGCAUUUUUACCUCAGAAACAAAAUGUGUACUUUUAUUCUUUUUUUUUAGAAAUGUAGAAUUUGUGAAUUCACAUUCUGCUGCAGGGUUUGCCGAUACAAGCAAAAAAUAACCAGGUGUGUACAUAACAUACAUAUUUAUGCCCAAUCACCCUUUUACAGUGAUGCCGCUACGGAAAAUUAAUUGACAAAGUCCAGAAAAAAACUUAUUGGAGGAAUUUGAACAUAGUGAGUGGAAGUGUCAGCCUAGCGCCAAGAAGCCAAAAUCGAUGGCAUCAUGCGUCACAUUCCUGAAGAAACUUCAGCCUUAAUAUCAUUUGUUUUCAUCAUUUUUUUUUCAAAUGUGCAGCACUUAUUUUUUGGGACAAAUCAUGUAAAGCUAGUUCCGUAUGGAGAGCCAAAUGAGGAAAAAAUUUAUGAGUGUUAAAAUCAUUAACUAAAUCACUUUCCAUCCAUCCAAUUUUCUACCGCUUGUCCCUUAUAGCAGUGGUUCUCAACAUUUUUUCAGCGAUGUACCGCCUGGAAACAUUUUUUUAAUUCAAUCAGAGCAAAACAUUUUUGGUUGAAAAAAAGAGAUAAAGAAGUAAAAUACAGCACUAUGUCAUCAGUUUAUGAUUUAUUAAAUUGUUUAACAGUGCAAAAUAUUGCUCUUUCGUAGUGGUGUUUCUUGAACUAUUGGGAAAAAAAGAUAUAAAAAUAACUCAAAACUUGUUGAAAAAUAAAAGUGAUACAAUUAUAAAUAAAGAUUUCUACACAUAGAAGUAAUUAUCAACUUAAAGUGCCCUCUUAGGGGAUUGUAAUAGAGAUCCAUCUGGAUUCAUCAACUUAAUUCUAAACAUUUCUUCCAAAAAAAGAAAUCUUUAACAUCAAUAUUUAUGGAACAUGUCCACAAAAAUCUAGCUGUCAACACUGAAUAUUGCAGUGUUGCAUUUCUUUUCACAGUUUAUGUACUUACAUUCAUAUUUUGUUGAAGUAUUAUUCAAUAAAUAUAUUGAUAAAGGAUUUUUGAAUUGUUGCUAUUUUUAGAAUAUUUAAAAAAAAUCUCACGUACCCCUUGGCAUACCUUUAAGUACCCCCAGGGGUACGCGUGCCCCCAUUUGAGAACCACUGCCUUAUAGGGUCGCAGGGGGUGCUGGAGUCUAUCAUAGAUUAGAAUAAAAUACGUGCAUGUGUUAAUAAAUGUGUCAUUUAAAUUAUUUUAAAACCAUAUUUAAUUAUUUCCUGAUUAAUAAAUUAAAAUAAAUACAUAGUGUUAUGAAUUAAACUAUUACAUACAUGAGUAAUAUAUCAUGUUUAUUUAAAGCAUGAAGAAAAAAUGGAUGGAUAAUUAAAUCAAUUGUUAAACGAUAAUCAAAUGAAAUUUUAUAUUAAAUACAUUGACACAUUUAAAUACAUAUUCAUGUUUUAAAUUACAAAUGUAAAUAAAGAAUGACACAUUUAGGUAAAUAUUUAAAGAUGUAUGUAUUUAAUUUUGUCUCAUGUGGCCCUCCAUAGUUAAAGUACAUUGAUGGAAAGAUGUUUACAAAAAUAACAAUGUACAGUAUUCUAUAACAAAGCAGUUUAUACUUGAAUGUACAGUAUGGUAAUAUUCAACAUUACUCUCAAGGUCCAUUGAUGUUACUUUUUUAAUAAAACGUACAUAUUCAAGUAGCAAGUGUGCAGAGUACAUUUUUUUAUUAUUAUUAUUAUUAUUAUUGGCAAGAGGAAGUGUCGUAUGCAACUGUUUUGAUGCUUUCCUUCAGAAUAAAAGGCUAUAGCUUUAAAGUGUAGUCAUUUUAAUGCAGUAAAUUGUUAUUAACUAUUAUAUACGCGUGUACAUGAACAUAAAACAUACAACAGUAAAUUCAAACUUGAUUCAUCAUACCAAUUGGAUCAACUAUGAAUACAAUCUCUCCGAGACAAAACCUCAAUUUUGAAAAAGGCAACCAGAUGUAAUUAAAUGUGUCAUUUAAUUUAAUUUAAAACAAUAUUUGAUUAUUUCAUGAUUAAUGAAUUAAAAUAAAUACAUAGUGUUAUGAAUUAAACUAUUACAUACAUGUUUAUU